GGAAGGGGCGGGGCGGACCGUCCCCCUGACCUCGGCGAUGGCGGCGAUGGCGGCGCGGGGGCUGCGGAGCUAUCGGUACCGCGGCCUUCUCCUGCCCCGAGGCCCCGCCCGCACCCGCCCGGCCCCCCUCUCGUCGCUUCCGCCCCCCCCCAGACGGGGGUCUCGGAUGGCCCUGGCGGCUCUGGGGGCGUUAUUAGCCGGAGGGGGGGCGGCGGCGGCGACGGCGUUGGCGAUUGGGGGGGGACCACUGCGAGCGGGAGAGCUGGAACUGCACCCCCCGACCUUCCCCUGGAGCCACAGCGGAUACCUCGACGCCCUCGACCACAGCAGCGUGCGGCGCGGGUUCCAGGUGUACAAGCAGGUGUGCUCGGCGUGCCACUCCAUGGAGUUCCUCGCCUUCCGGCAGCUCAUCGGCGUCAGCCACACCGAGGCCGAGGCCAAAGCGCUCGCCGAGGAGGUCGAGGUCCUCGAUGGCCCCGAUGAGAAUGGAGAGAUGUUCCUUCGUCCCGGAAAGAUCUCCGACUCUUUUCCCAAACCGUAUCCCAACGCUGAGGCCGCGAGAGCCGCCAACAACGGCGCUCUGCCCCCCGACCUCAGCUACAUCGUCAACGCCCGACACGGGGGUGAGGACUACGUCUUCUCGCUGCUGACGGGGUACUGCGACCCCCCGGCCGGCGUGGCCGUGCGCGAGGGCCUCCACUACAACCCCUACUUCCCGGGCCAGGCCAUCGGCAUGGCGCCCCCCAUCUACAACGAGAUCCUCGAGUUCGAUGACGGGACCCCGGCCACUAUGUCUCAAAUCGCGAAGGACGUCUGUACGUUCCUGCGUUGGGCGGCAGAACCCGAACACGACCACCGCAAACGGAUGGGUUUGAAGAUGCUGCUCAUCGGGGCGCUUCUCGCCCCCCUCGCCUACUACGUCAAGCGCCACAAGUGGUCGGUGAUGAAGAGCAGGAAGAUGGUUUAUCGGCCCCCCAAGUAAGGGGGCAGAAAAGCGGGGAGUCCUCCUUCCCUGUGCCCCACGGAUCGGCCCCACUGCGCCCCACAGCGAUGGCGCGUCGCCCCCCCACCCCCCCGGGAUGGGCGCGGGAAUAAAAGCUCUGUUCUUCGUGGA